UCAUCGUGCCAGGAAUCCAUUAUCGAAAGGUAUCGAGUAUAAAAGAGUCGCGGUCGCCGCUGCUAUGUCACAAAUCGAAUUAGAUCCUUGCAGAGCUAACUCGUAUAUCAGCGCAACGUAAAAACCGGAAAACUUCAACAUGUCGAAGCUUGUACUGUUCCUUUGCAUCGCCUUCUUGGCCGUUAGCAUCGUCGUAGCGCAAUCAGGCUGCAAACCUCCAGGAUUUAUCUGUUCAUCGGACUCGGAGUGUUGUGAGCCGUUCGCGUGCAACCCUUGGGCUGGACGUUGCACCAAACCCAUUGACCCAGCCACUGGUGGUGCAGCGACACGGUCUUAGAGCAAUUAAAACUAAAUUAUUUAUACUUUGAAAAAUAAGGUUAUUAUAAUAGAAAUAAUAUUUAAGAGAUGAAACAUUUAAUUGAUAUCUUAUAAAAUAAAAUGAUACGUGUGCUCAAGUUUAAAAA